UUAUAUUUAUUUAAGUUUAAGAAAUAUUGUAUAUUAAUAGUGAUGUUACCCUAUCUAGUAUCUAUGAUUAUGAUAAUAUUAUGUUCGGUUCUAUUAUUUAAAUAUUGUUUCUCGCGAAAGAAACCACUAAUAUUUGGUAUAUACCAACAGAGAAAUGCAACAUUUCUCUUUAAAUUUGUGACUAUGUAUGUUAUAUUGAAAAUAAGAAAGUUGAAGGUGUAUUUGAAACGACUUUUGGCUGCAGAAUCUGAUUCAGGUAAGGACGGCGUUAUUCAUGUACAAGAGCAUGACGCCUGCUUGGAGAAAUUAUAUGAUCUUGGAGGAAAUGAGAAGGCUGUAGAUGGAGUUUACUUUAAUGGAAUGUCUAAAUCUGGUGAUGCAGUUAUCUGCGGGAUAGCAAGGCGACCCCAACGGCAUUGUGACGCUUUUUUAUAUCUGAAGAUAUCCGGGGAGGACAUUUUCUUAACACCAAGCCUACCUGAUACGUAUCUUAAGAAAUGCAGUGACGACCAUGAAGGUCACAGCGUGCAAGGUUUAUCAGCAACAAAUUUUAUGCCAAUGAGAACUUGGAAGCUUUUGUAUAACGGAGAAAUGAAUUCUAAAAGCCAACCAGAUCUAAUAUUUAAGGUGGAAGCAAAUAUAACAUGGAGUGCAAUUUGGGCUCCGUUUGAAUAUGAUACGCAGAUGUCGGCGAGAAGUGUAGCUAAUGACAUGGCCAGGGAGACAUGGUCAGCUGAAUACUUUCAACUCCUGAAAAAGUUCCAUCAAACACAUUAUGAACAGAUGGGGUAUUUAAAAGGAACUGUUUCCGUGGACACGAAAAAGUUGUAUGAAAUAAAUAUGCCGUGCAUUAGGGAUCGAAGUUUUGGUCCAUUACGAGAGUGGCGUAAUUUCCAUCGCUAUGUCUAUCACUUCAUCUUUCUCGAUAAUGACGAUUUCAUUGCUGUCGGAACCGUGUCGCAGCCAUGUGUCCUAUCACAUCUAACCAUCGGAUACUAUUGUCGCAAGAUUGAUCAAUCAGUAAAAGCAAUAGAUUCCUCAGACUUUCAAUUGUAUCAACAUGGCGAAAAUGGAAAUCCACCUAAGGACUAUGGUUUUAUAUUUAGUAUAGGUCACCAAUCUUAUGCUGUGAAAGUUCAGGCAUACGACGAAGUAUCAUUUUUCAUAGGUAAGGAGAGGGAGGCGAAGUUUUACGAGAGAUGGUCGAAUAUUGAAGUAAACGACAUUAAAGGACGCGCUUGUGUCGAGUGGCAUUACAACAAUGUGGUACCUAAAUAAAUAAAUAAAAUAUAAAUAA